GGAGGGUGCGAAGGAGAGGCUUGAAGGAGCCGCUCGAGCAUCUCUCUCUUUCUUCGCCUUCUCUUCUCUCUCUUCUGGUCUCUUCUGCUUUUCCUCUCUUUUCCAAAUUCAAACUUUACCUCGUAAACUGUCUCAGAUUUACCUUAAAAGCCACACCUGAUCUCUCUUAGGGUUUGGAAUCCCAAAAACCCUAGAGAAGCAUGGUUGGAUCUUGUCUCGAUUCCAAAACCAACACUGUCAAGUUUCUCUGCAGCUACGGCGGCAAGAUUCUUCCUCGAUAUCCCGACGGCAAGCUCCGUUACGUCGGUGGUGAGACCAGAGUCCUCGCCGUCGAUCGUUCCACUCCCUUUUCAGAGCUUUUGGUGAAGCUUGGAGAGUUGUGUGGAUGCCCUGUGAAUCUGAGAUGUCAGUUGCCGACUGAAGAUCUGGAUGCCUUGGUGUCCGUUACCUCAGAUGAGGAUCUCGCCAAUCUCUUAGAAGAGUAUGAUCGAGCUAAUAUGUGCCGAGAGAAAGAGGCAAAAUCGGUUUCUUCUUCUCCGUUAAAGAUCAGAGCUUUUCUGUCGCUGCCAAAAUCAAUGCAAAAAGUUUCUCCUCCCCAAUCGGCUAAAUCCAGUAUAGAUGCUGCUUCAGCAUCGAAAUCGUCCUACACAGCCGUUGGUUCGAAUCUUCCUGGCAUGGAUAUUCACCGUUGCGUCCAUCAUGGGGCUUCUCCGGUGGGAUUUCCGGUCUGCUUUGAGAAAUCCGCCGGGAAACACCGUUAUUAUGCCUACCAUGCUCAAGGGGAUCCAAAGCGUUUCUCUUACCUCAUACACAACGGGAAUCACUGGCAAUGACUCGAUUGGACAAACUUUGAACUGAGAAAAAAGUUGCAGAGAACCAAAAGAGGCGAAAAGGACAAAGAAACAUAUUUUUAAACAGAAACAGAUGGUUGAAAAAAGGGGUUUGAAGAAGUUUUUGUUCUAUGUAAUCAGAGACUGUAAAACGUUAAAACUGGAUUCCUGGAUCCGAAGCCAUUAAUGCAUAUCAUAUCAGCCCAAAAUUUCUGAA